AUGGACGAGAAACUUCCGGAGUCGGUGGACGUGAUCGUACUCGGCACGGGCCUUCCGGAGGCGAUUCUGGCGUCGGCGUGCUCGCGCGCUGGGCUCUCGGUGCUCCAUUUGGACCGCAACGAGCAUUACGGCGGCGAGUGGUCCUCUUUCACGAUGACGAUGAUCCACGAGGCGAAAGCGACGACGGAAGGCUCGAAAAUGACGGAAGCACAACGAGAAACGGUCGAAAAAGAGCACUUGCGCGCAGGCGAGACCCUUUUGGAGUUGGGAAAUCGACAAGUUGUGGAGGACAUUCAAAUGGAGUGGAUUCGCGAUGAAAUAAGGGAACAACUGGAGGAACAGAAAGAGAUGAGACGGUUCUCGAUCGAUCUCGUGCCCAAAGUGCUGCUCUCCAAGGGAUCCAUGGUGCGGAAAUACUGAAACUCGCAGAUUUUCUUGUAAAAACCCCAAUUUUUGCAGGUGCAAACGCUGUGCGAUUCGCAAGUAUCGCACUACGCCGAAUUCAAACUGAUCAACCGUCAAUUGUGUCCGACAGUCGGGAAUUGCGACGAAAACGCCGAGAAAAUCACUCUGAACUCGGUGCCGUGCAGUAAAGGAGAGAUAUUUCAGAGUUCUGUGCUCUCGUAAGCGAUUUUGCGUCAUAUGCGACAGAGCGAAUUUGCUUACCCUUUGUUUUUUCAUUGCAGCAUUCUGGAGAAACGAGCCCUCAUGAAGUUCAUCACAUUCUGCACACAAUGGCGCGGAAAGCCGGAGCCGGAAGGACGCGAACUGCUCGGCGAGCACGCGGACCGCCCGUUCGGAGAGUUUCUCGCGAAAAUGGGCAUGAACGGGACGCUUCAAUCAUUCAUAAUCGACACGAUCGGAAUUCUGGAGGCGCGGCCGAGUGCGCACGCGGGAAUGCUCGCCGCGUGCCAAUUCAUGGACUCUGUCGGCCACUUUGGUCCCUCGCCCUUCCUUUUCCCUCUGUACGGAUGCGGAGAACUCGCGCAGUGCUUCUGCCGACUCGCCGCCGUUUUCGGAAGUCUCUAUUGUCUGGGACGGCCCGUGCAGGCACUGAUCACCGAGGGAUCGCGGGUGGUGGCGGUGGUGGCGAACGGGGAACGCGUCAACUGUCGCCACGUCAUCAUGUCGAAUCGGUUCGUGCCCGACGGAGUUCCCGUUAAGGAAUGUGUGAAGAUUGAGAGAAAUGUGUGGGCCACCGAGAAAUCCGUCAAGGAGAGCCAGAAAGAACAGGUUGGAGAGGCUAUUUUACGGCUUUUGAGUCAAACAUUUUCAUUUUUACCUUUUCGAUUGUGUUUUUCAAAUGAUGAGAUUCUGGCAAACCCCCCGAAUAUUUUAGCUCACACUGAUCAACCUCGCUUCUCUUCGACCGGAAGCCGCCAUUUCUCGAAUAGUCGAAGUCGGAUUCGAGGCGUGCACGGCCCCGAGAGGACAUUGUACGUUGUUUGUACCAUUUGUACCAUUUGCGAUAAAAAAGAAAGCACUGUUCGAUUAACGGCUCUCACUACAGACAGCCCAACGAUACGCAGACUGCCGUUUCGCAACCAACUCCGCAACCGGAUUCACAGUCGUUUAUGUACAAGCUGAUAAAAAAAAUGUGCUUGAGUUUGGAAGAGAAACAUGAAAACAAGGCUGCGUGGCGGACGUAAAAGUUGCGAAACGGCAGGUUGCGAAUUGGAAGAGUUGCUUGCUUUUCUUGGUGUCUGAGCUAAAAGUAGUCAAUUUUUCAUGUCUUCAGUUCUGGUGCACGCGACCGGAACGCAGGAAGGGGAGACGAGCGUCGGCACUGUCGUCGAGCGCAUUUUCGAGCAGAACGGUGAGCUCGGAAUGCUCUGAACGAACCGAGGUGUUUGUUUGCAGAAGUGCACCCGUACUGGAAGAUGAGCUUCACCGCCAAUUCGCUGAAAUUCGACACCUCCGCCGAGCAUCUGCCCGCCAAUGUGAUCAUUGCGCCGCCCGUCGAACCGUCCAUUCACUACGCGCAUGUUAUCGAUGAGGCACGCCGGUUUUUGUGCUAGUUUCCCAGUGUUAUCAACUUUUUUGAAUGCUCUCUGUUCAUUUUGCUUAAUUCGUUGAACGAAAUAGUGUAAAAAUCUAUCAAGAAAUGGGCGGAGCUUAAAAACCACCGGUUUUUUUUAAAUGUUUCGCUUUUCAGUGCCGUCGAAUCUUCUGUGAAACGUGGCCAGAAUUGGAUUUUCUGCCGAGAGCCAUCAAAAACGAAGAGGAAGAAGAAGAGGAGACGGAAGAGAAAAAUGAGGAAUAA